AUGUCAAUAACAUUCAGAGCUCGUAUAUCUCAAAUAUCCUCUAAAACUGGCUCAGACCACGUCGCCCUCGAAAAUGCUUCAAAAUGCGCUGUGCUGCCGCUCAUGGGCUUAAACAGCCUAACCGAAGAUCAUCUAAGAUCAACGUUACCCUCGCCAAAUUUCCAAAGGGACAUCCGACCACGUUUGCGAGCGAUAGUUGGACACACGAUAACGAUGAGAAAGCGGCUUCCAUGGUUGAUACUAUUAUGGCUAGGGCUUGAAGCCCAUGCUGCCAAUCUUAAUGCUGGUGCUGUGAUCGAACUACAUCAGGCGAAUGAAACAGCAACUACGAUCGCGCAGGAUGAGACAGUGGGGAUUGACAUUGAUGGUCGCCAAACUGCCGAAAAGGCCUUGAGUACACCUAAAUACACUUCUUAUCUAACAGUUAUGGAAACUGUUACCGCCUCUCCGACGACGAUCACUAGCUUCUAUUCCGGGCCGGGUGACGCGGGGUCGUCAUUAGCAGUCUCCUCGACUAGUACUGCAGCUAGUAUUAUGACUCCAACAGGAACUUGCAGCAUGCCCCCUCCGGUUACUGCUCCAUGUAUUAUCAGCAGUAAUGGAGAAUGUGUGAAGGACUAUUACAAUGCCUUGCAAAGCUGUUACAAAGACGGAAAUUUCUCAACUCUCAAGAACAUUGCUCAAUAUGUUAUUGAGUGUCAAAACGAACUAGGAGAUAACGGAUCAUAUGACGGUUUCAAAGAUUGUUCACAAAACAGUUUACAAACCCAACUAAAUACCACUGGGACAGUCAGCCGACAUAGUCUUAUGCCAGAUGGAUCUGUGAUGAUUAUGGGAGACUCACAAAGAAUUGCCAUGAUGGAUGAAGACAGCUUGAUACAUACUUAA